AAGGAAGCUGCUGCUUUCAUGGAGAAGAUCCGAGGGGCUGUUCUAAAGUACAUGACAACUUAGAAGUCCUGAGCAAUGGCAAGGCUCAAGAUUUCACUCCCAUUUGCAUUUCUCAUCCUUGCAGUCCUCCACAAUGCCGCCGCCGCAGACUCAGCCUCCUCCCCCACGAGCUUCAUCGAGUCAUCCUGCCGAGUGACACGCUACCCGACGCUGUGCGUUGAAUCCCUGUCGGGCUACGCCAGCGCCAUCCGGCAGAGCGGGCGGCAGCUGGCCCAGACGGCCCUGUCGGUGAGCCUGAGCAGGGCCCGGCAAGCCGCAACGUUCGUGGCCGGGCUCGGGAAGCGCAGGGGGCCAAUGAGAGGCCUCGAGUACCAGGCGGUGAAGGACUGCAUAGAGAACAUGGGCGACAGCGUGGACAGCCUCCGACGGUCCGUGAAGGAGCUCGGGGACUUACGUCGAACAGCUGGUGGGGAUUUCUUGUGGCACAUGAGUAACGUCCAGACGUGGGUCAGCGCCGCCCUCACCGAUGAAACCACUUGCCUCGACGGCUUCGCCGGCCGCCGUACGGACGGCCAAGUGAAGGCCAGCAUUAGGAAAAAAGUCACCCUUGUGGCUCAAGUCACCAGUAAUGCGCUCGCUUUGGUUAAUCACUUUGCUGACAAAAACCACGUCGCGCGCGCCCCUCUCCCUCUGGCUAAGCCUUAGAUCUGCCUUUGGUUUUUGGUUUGCCUUGUUUUGUUUGUAUAUCAUCUGAGUUUGUUUGUUGUAAUUUUAACCACACCAGUGUAAAUUUUUUGCGCUUGUAUCCUAGGUUUUUGGCUCUGUUUUGUGCUUAAAUUUGCGUGAGCGUUAAGAAUUACAUGUUAAAAAUAUAGCUCAUUGCUAAUUGAAUUUAGAUAACUUAAAAACCCAAA